CGUGACCCGCGCGCGGGCGCUGUUGCAGGUCCGGGGCGAUGGCGGAGGAGGAGGCCGGGCCCGACGCGCUGAGCGUGCGCGAGGUGCAGCAGCUGGUCCGCAGGAAGGAUGAGCUCGAGGCCCAGAUCAAAGCCUGUUACGCGGUGCUGGAGGGGCAAAAGGGAGUCGGGAUGAACGAGCCGCUGGUUGAUGCUGAAGGGUAUCCACGUGCAGAUGUUGAUGUGUACCAAGUCCGUGCAGCCAGGCAUAACAUCAUCUGUUUGCAGAAUGACCACAAGGCCCUAAUGCUGCAAGUGGAAAAAGCUCUCCACCAGCUGCAUGCCCGAGAGAAGGAGAAGCAGGCAAAGGAUGAGGCAGAAGCUCAGGCCGAGGCAAUGAAUCAGAACCAGAGUCUGCCGCAGCCCUUCGCAAGAGUGAAUGCUGUCACCCCAGGUUCUCCCGCCAGCAUCUCGGGAUUACAGGUUGAUGAUGAGAUCAUUGAGUUUGGCUCUGUCGACACACACAACUUCCAGACGCUGCAGAAUAUUGCCACCGUGGUGCAGCACAGUGAAGGGAAACCACUGAGUGUGACCGUGAUCCGUGGCGGCAAGAAAUUACACCUCGGGCUCACGCCAAAGCACUGGGCUGGGAAAGGACUGCUGGGGUAGGCAUCCCAAUUCCUACUACAGCCUCUGAGUUCAGAUGCAAUAUUCUCCCCUUGCAAAGAUAACUGGCUUGGAAAACAAUAAGAUCAAAGUUUGUACUUUCUGAACUCCAGCCUGGUUUGAAAAGUUCACUUUGCAACCUACAUCUACUUGGUGACACUGGAGAGUUUAUAAUGGGUUCCGAGGCUCCGACCUCCAGCCUGCCAGAUAUACUGCACCUGAAUUGCUUUCAACAGACCUGUGCGUGGUCAUGAUUAGUAAUUGUACCGAUUCAUAGGGAAUAGAUUGUAGAGUCAUAGGACCUAAUUUUGACUUCACUUGCACUGAUGUAAAUCAGGCGUGAGAUCAAAGUGAGGUCCAUGCUUUUUGUUUAGUUAGAAUCCAUGCCAAAUUAUUCUGUAACAUUUAGUGAAUGUGUUUUUUUCUGUUUUGUUCAUGGGAAGUAACAUUUACCAAUAAAGAGUUAAGCUGGG